AAUUCUUUCUUUCUCUCCUCAAUAUGCUCAGUGUCAGUCGUACGUUCCUUACCCAGGCUAAGAGAUCCUUCCACUCUUCCUCAGCUGCUUUUCUCAAGGUAGGAGAUUGUAUUCCUAACGUGGAAGUGCAAGGUUCUUCCCCUGCCGAGACUUACAAGGCUGGCGAGCUCCUUGGUGACAAGAAGCGUGCUAUCCUCUUUGGCGUUCCCGGUGCCUUCACACCUGGAUGUACCAAGAGCCAUCUACCCGGCUACAUUAAGCAAGCAGACGACCUCAAAGCCAAAGGUGUUGAUUUCAUCGCAUGCGUCUCCGUCAACGACGCUUUCGUUAUGAACGCCUGGGGUGAGUCGGUUGGCAACAAAGGUGAAGUCAAGCUCUUGGCUGAUCCUGCCGGUAGCCUCGCCAAAGCUCUCGAUUUGAACUUUGAUGCAACUGGUGUCCUUGGCAACCACCGCUACAAGCGUUUUGCUGCUGUUGUUGAAAACGGUGUUGUUAAGAAGCUUUUUGUUGAGCCCGACAAUACCGGCCUCAACGUCAGCCUUGUCGAAAAUGUCAUCAAACAACUUUAAGUGAUGAUCCUAAGGACGUAUGCAAUUCUUAGUAGUCGACAUAGCCUGCAGCUUCUAUAUGUGAACCUUUAACUCUGCAAUCAAUCCACCAAAACUGCC